GAGUACUCAGACUCACACGCCUGACCUCGAAACCAACACUCCACCUGCCGCGCAACCUCCUCAUCCUCACCAAAGCCGCAUGCCGGACGAGCAACGUUAGAACUUGCAGCACUCACACACAAAACCAUCACAACCAUUGUCGAGAAACAGCUCCAGUCAUGGGCAAGGACAAGAAGGCCGACGCCGGCGACUCGAGGCCAUUGGAGCUCACUCCACCCCCAGAAUUCUUCGCGACCCGCAAUGCCCUCUUUGACAAGCGCAAGGCCGAGCAGGACGAGUGGAAGGCCAAGCAGCCCCGCGAACCCAUCACCAUCACCCUCGAAAAUGGCAGCACCAAGGAAGGCACCAGCUGGGAGACGUCGCCCGCCCAGAUUGCACGGGACAUCAGUAAGAGUUUGUUUGAACGCACCAUCAUCGCACGUGUAGACGGAGACGAGCUGUGGGAUCUGGAUCGCCCACUGGAGAAGAGCUGCAAGUUGGAGCUUCUCGACUUUGACCACCCCGAGGGCAAGAAGGUCUUCUGGCACAGCAGUGCACACAUUCUCGGCGAGGCGUGCGAGAAGAGAUUCGGCUGUUCGCUAUGCAUUGGUCCUCCAGUCGAAGACGGCUUCUACUACGAAAUGGCACUGCCAGACCAAGCUGCAGUCACAUCGGCCGACUACAAGCCAAUCAAGCAGAUCGCCGAAAAGGCCAUCAAAGAGAAGCAGCCGUUUGAGCGACUCACCCUCAGCAAGGAAGACUUGCUGGAGAUGUUCUCAUACAACAAGUACAAGAAGCACAUCAUCAACGACAAGAUUCCAGAUGGCACCUCCACCACUGUAUAUCGAUGCGGUCCACUCAUCGACCUGUGUAGAGGUCCUCACGUGCAGCACACAGGACGAAUCAAGGCCUUUGAAAUCAUGAAGAACUCGGCCAGCUACUUUUUGGGUGACGCCAAGAACGACAGUCUGCAGCGUAUCUACGGUGUCUCCUUUCCAGACAAGAAGGCCCUUGAAGAGCACAAGCACUUCCUCGAAGAAGCCGCGAAGCGUGAUCACCGCAAGAUUGGCCAGGAGCAGGAGCUUUUCUUCUUCCACCAAAUGUCUCCCGGCUCAGCCUUCUUCCUCCCACACGGCAUGAUCAUCAAGAAUGCUCUUGGCACAUUCAUCCGCGAAGAAUACUGGAAGCGUGGUUACCAAGAGGUCGGCUCACCAAACAUGUUCAACUCUGCGCUGUGGAAGCAAUCUGGUCACUGGCAGCACUACCAGGACGACAUGUUCACUUUCGAAGUCGAGAAGGACCAGUGGGCUUUGAAGCCCAUGAAUUGCCCUGGUCACUGUCUGCUUUUCGGUCAUCGUGAGCGAAGUUACCGAGAACUGCCAAUGCGUAUUGCUGAUUGUGGCGUUCUGCACCGCAACGAGGCAUCUGGUGCUUUGUCUGGCCUCACUCGAGUUCGUCGCUUCGAACAAGAUGACACUCACAUCUUCUGCAUGGAGAGCCAGGUCGAGCAAGAGGUUAAGGCCCUCUUCGACUUCAUGACUGCCGUGUAUGGACUGUUUGGGUUUAGCUUCAAGAUGAAGCUAUCUACUAUGCCCGAUAACCACCUUGGAGACGUGGCUACCUGGCAGCGCGCCGAGGCACAGCUCGCUAGUGCGCUCGAUGAAUUCAAGGCCAACACGGGUACACAGUGGGAGCUCAACCCAGGUGAUGGUGCUUUCUACGGACCCAAGAUCGACGUCACUAUUUCGGAUGCUCUCCGUCGCGAGUUCCAAUGCGCUACGAUUCAGCUUGAUUUCCAGCUGCCACAGCAGUUCAAUCUCGAAUACCGCACAGACGAAGUUGCUACAGCAGUCAAGCCAGAGGCAAAUGGCGAAAAGCCUGCUACUGAUGCCCCUAAGCCAGAAGAAAAGACUCUGCCGAUCCACCCUGCGCCAACAGCAGAGACAGGAGACGUCUCAGCCGCAGCUGCCACACCGGCCAAGCCAGAGGUUAACUACCGCCGUGAGCUGACACCUGGCUGCGCUCGCCCGGUAAUGAUUCACAGAGCCAUCUACGGAUCGUUUGAGCGCUUCAUUGGCAUCUUGACAGAGCACUUCGGCGGCAAGUGGCCUUUCUGGCUGUCCCCCCGGCAGAUCUUGAUCGUACCAGUUAUGCCUUCUGCCAAUGACUAUGUCCUUGAGCUGCAAAGCGAGUUCCGCGCCGCGAAGAUGCACGUCGACGUCGACAUCACUGGCAACACCAUGCAAAAGAAGAUUCGCACUGGUCAGCUUGCCCAGUACAACUUCAUCUUCGUGGUCGGUGCUCAGGAGAAGGAGUCUCGCACUGUCAACAUUCGAAAUCGCGACGAUCCUACUACCCAGAAGAUGGGCGAGCUCAUUCCCGUCGACAAGGCGAUGGAGUUGCUCAUCAAGCUGAGAGAUGAGCGAAGACUCAACUCGGAUUUGAAGGCAUAGGGUGCUCCUCACAUCAUGCAUCAGAGUGUGUCCAACGGGAUAGGUGAUGAGCCAUGCUCUGGAAUCCUCCGGCACGGCACUCUUGCGGCAUCUACAUACCAGGGAGAGGCACGGAAAUACAGAAAUCGGAUGAUAUGUCUGAUGGGCGUCAUCUGCACGAUAGUGUGGAAAGUGAUACUGAAAGUACUGUGGAAGAUACUAUGGAAAGCCUUGUGGAAAGAGCUCGAGAAGGUGAGUCUUCCAGGCACACCUUGGGCAAUGCUGUAAGUCCCCAGGUCGCUGUGUCGAUGAUAAGAGCCACAGCGUAGAUUGAAGACGUCCUACACGAUGAAUGCUCAGUAGCAGCGCCUGGCAUGAGACACAAGGCUCACGCCGGAGACGAAAUGAAAUGAGACCAAUACCC